CCGCACACAUCCCCAAGUCUUCCAAGAUGAGCUACACCCUGGAAACGCUCGGCAACCCCUCCUACCGGAGGGUGACCGAGAGCCGGGCCACCUACACCCGGGCCAGCGCCUCCCCGUCCAGCGGCUUCAGGUCGCAGUCCUGGUCCCGGGGCUCUCCGAGCACCGUCUCCUCCUCGUACAAGCGCGCCACGCUGGGCGCGCCGCGGCUCUCCUAUGGCUCCACCGUGCUGAGCUCCUCGGAGAGCCUGGACCUCAGCCAGUCCUCGCUGCUCAACGGGGGCGGCGACUUCAAGCUGAGCCGCUCCAACGAGAAGGAGCAGCUGCAGGGGCUGAACGACCGCUUCGCCGGCUACAUCGAGAAGGUGCACGGCCUGGAGCAGCAGAACAAGGCGCUGGAGGCGGAGAUCGCGGCGCUGCGCCAGAAGCAAGCCGGGCGCUCGCAGCUGGGCGACGCCUACGAGCAAGAGCUGCGGGAGCUGCGCGGGACGCUGGAGCUGGUGAACCACGAGAAGGCGCAGGUCCAGCUGGACUCGGAGCACGUGGACGAGGACAUCCAGCGGCUGAAGGAGCGCUUCGAGGAGGAGGCUCGCCUGCACGAGGAGACCGAGGCCACCAUCCGCGCUCUGCGCAAGGACAUCGAGGAGGCCUCCAUGGUCAAGGUGGAGCUGGACAAGAAGGUGCAGUCGCUGCAGGACGAGGUGGCCUUCCUGCGGGGCAACCACGAGGAGGAGGUGGCCGAGCUGCUGGCCCAGAUCCAGGCGUCCCAUGUCACGGUGGAGAGGAAGGACUACCUGAAGACCGACCUCACCGCCGCGCUCAAGGAGAUCCGCAGCCAGCUGGAGUGCCACUCCGACCAGAACAUGCACCAGGCCGAGGAAUGGUUCCGGUGCCGCUAUGCCAAGCUCACCGAGGCGGCGGAGCAGAACAAAGAGGCCAUCCGCACGGCCAAGGAGGAGAUCGCCGAGUACCGCCGGCAGCUGCAGUCCAAGAGCGUGGAGCUGGAGUCGGUGCGGGGCACCAAGGAGUCCCUGGAGCGGCAGCUGAACGACAUCGAGGAGCGCCACAACCACGAUCUUACCACCUACCAGGACACGAUUCAGCAGUUGGAAAACGAGCUGCGGGGUACAAAAUGGGAAAUGGCGCGUCAUUUGAGGGAAUACCAGGAUCUCCUCAAUGUCAAGAUGGCUCUGGAUAUUGAAAUUGCUGCAUACAGGAAACUACUAGAGGGUGAAGAGACGAGAUUCAGUGCCUUCUCGGGAAGCAUUACUGGUCCCACAUUUACACACAGGCAACCCACAGUCACAAUAUCAUCUAGUAAAAUACAGAAAUCCAAAGCGGAGCCGCCAAAGCUAAAGGUCCAGCACAAAUUUGUAGAAGAAAUCAUCGAAGAGACAAAAGUGGAGGAUGAGAAGUCAGAAAUGGAUGAUGCCUUGGCAGCCAUUGCAGAAGAACUGGCAAGGAAGGAAGAACAGAAGAAGGAAGAAGAAGCCGAAGAGGAAGAAGCCGUGGAAGAGGAGAUUGUAGCUGAGAAGAAAGCGCCCGUGAAAGCAGCUGCACCCAAAGCUGAAGAAGAAGAAGAAGAAGAAGAAGAGAAAGCAGAAGAAGAGGAGGAAGAGGAGGAAGCUGCAAAAUCUGAUGCAGCAGAAGAAGGAGGUUCUGAAAAGGAAGAAGCAGAAGAAGCGGGUGAGGAUGCUGAGCAGGAAGAGGGAGAAGAAGAAGGUGAGGCUGAAGCUGAGGGAGAAAAAGCUGAGGCUGAGCAAGAAAGAAAAGGAGAGGAAGAGGGUGAGGAGGCUGCAGUGGAAGAGAAGGUGGAAAAACUGAAAACACCUCUAGCAAAAUCGCCACCUAAAUCUCCUGCAGCGGAAGAGGCCAAAGAAGAGCAGAAGGAAUCAGAAGAAGCUGAAGGAGGAGAAAGUGAAGAAGAGAAAGUGGAGACGGGAGGUAAAGAGGAGGAAACAAAGGAAGAGAAGAAGGCGGGGUCUCCAGAGAAGACGGGGUCUCCAGAGAAGGCAGGAACUCCAGAGAAGGCGGGAUCCCCAGUGAAAGAAGAAAAGGCAGUGGUGGAAGAGACCAUCUCUGUCACAAAGGUAACAAAAGUCAGCGUAGAGAAAGAGUCCAAAGUGAAGGACGAAGGCAGUAAAGGAAAAGAAAGUGACAAGACCUCCAAGGAAUCCAUGAAAGAAGACAUUGCAGUGAACGGGGAGGUGGAUGACAAGGAGGAGGAGAAAUCCAAAGAAAAAGAAGUUGAAGGGGAAGACAAGGGUGUGGUCACCAAUGGCCUGGAUGUGAGCCCAUCCGAAGAGAAGAAAGGAAAGGCUGAAGAGAAAGUUGUGGUAACCAAAAAGGUGGAAAAAAUCACUAGCGACGACGGGGACAGUACGACCAAAUACAUCACCAAGUCUGUGACGGUCACCCAAAAGGUAGAGGAACACGAGGAAUCUUUUGAAGAGAAACUAGUGUCCACCAAGAAGGUUGAGAAAGUCACUUCACAUGCUGUUAUAAAAGAAGUAAAAGGUAGCGAUUAAAAAUAGUUAUUACAAAAAUCAAAAGAAGUUGGGUCGGUGAAAAAGGUUAAGCCAUAUGACAGCUGCAAAAUGCAUGUGAGUGACAGCUUUAAAGCAAAACAGGUUCUCUCAUGGAGUCUCCAGACACACUAUAUUUUACUUUUUUGUGUGUGCAAUUUUGGGGGGAAAUGCAUGCCAGCUCAAGAUGUACUCCCUCCACAGAACUUGGGGAAUAACAUACAUAAAUAAAUAAAAUGCAUGAGGAAAGGAAGCUUUUGAAUUCCCUAAACUGUCGGAGGAACACAUCUGAGGAACGUCUUAAGAGGUAUUAUGCAAAGAACCAACUGAGCCAAAAACAAACAGAAAAAAAAACAAUCAUGAAAAAAACCAGAUUUCUCCUAGCCUUAAAAAAAGCUACUUAUGAAUAAUUAUGUUUACCUCACUGGUGCAAUUAAGAUGGACUUUUGUUCAUGGGAGAACCUAGUUGACAUUCACAGUAUGCAACCUUUUGUUGUUCGAUGUAGAACCGUCACAGCAGUACUUGCUCAAUAAAGGUCAUAUUGGAAACA